AUGGUCAUCCAAUACAGUAAGACGGUUAAGGUUCACAAUGAAACAAAGAAGUUCAUCCAUUACAACAACACUUACUUCACUCAACCAUCAAAGAAGCAAAAGCUAAAGGAUGACGUUUCUAAAAGAUCUACACGAGGAAUCACUAAAACCACCCGUAUCGGAAUUGUUGGCAAGUUUCGUAAACGUCGUUGGGUGAAAACUGUCGAGGCUCAUCAAAAACGAGUAGAUAUAAUUGUGAAUUUUGUGGCCAACCCUGUUCCACGUGAGGAGUUUUGGAAAUGUUUGGAGAGAGUGAACCAGAAUUUGCAAAAACCAUUCAUGUCAUUCUGUGACAUGAUGUUGUAUCUUGAGAGGAGAUGGAAUGAAUUUUGUGCUGAAGCCUAUGCUACUUUGAAGGCUAAUUUACAACCAGGUGGUAUGAAAUUUGGUUCAAGUUUGAAUCUUGGAAGAUUUCCAUAUGCUGUUUUGGAUUGGAUUUUGUGUCGUAAUUAUCAAUGUAAGAAGGAGGUUGUUGAAACAAGCAUUAAUAUCAAUCGUGAAGAGGUUCCUGUACGAGUAUUCAAAUACAGCUUCAUGUCCGAAACUGGCUUACCCAAGCUCGGUAAUGAUUCCUUUUGGUACAUGAAUUUGCAUUUUCCUACAGAGAAACAACCAACCUUUCAAAAAUCAGAAUAUACCAGCUUGACCAUUGUUGUCAAUGAUUAUGACAACAGAGUAUAUUGCAACUGGGAAAUGGUUAAUUAUGUCAUGUGGAUUGAUCGUGACGGAAUGUCUGGAAGGUGGACCAAGACUACUUAA